UGCACCGCGGCGAGCGCUCGCUGGGCGCCGGCGAGAUGCUGCGAGCGGGCGGCGCCCGCUGACCUCGCUCGGCCGCCCGGCCGGGGCCUGCCCGCCCCGCCCGUGGGCUGCGGGAGGACCGCCUGAAGGACUCGCCGCCACGGCCGCGCCCGCAGGCCACCUGGAUGUCAGCAUGGCAGCCACAAACCUGGAGAACCAGCUGCACAGUGCCCAGAAGAACCUGCUGUUCCUGCAACGGGAGCAUGCCAGCACGCUCAAGGGCCUGCAUGCCGAGAUCCGGCGGCUGCAGCAGCACUGCACAGACUUAACAUACGAGCUGACGGUCAAAAGUUCUGGACAGACAGGAGAUGCAGCGUCCAGGAGCAGCGAGCUGAGGCAGCGCUGUGAGGAGCUGGAGGCGCAGCUGCGGCUGCGGGAAGACGAGAACCAGGAGCUGCUGCAGGAGCUGGAGCAGAAGAACGCCAUGAUCGCCGUGCUGGAGCACACGAUGCGCGAGCGUGAAAAGAAGUACCUGGAGGAGCUCAAGGGCCGCAGCCACAAGCUGAGCCUGCUGUCCAGCGAGCUGGAGCAACGCGCCGGCACCAUCGCCUACCUGACCUCGCAGCUGCACGCCACCAAGAAGAAGCUGCUCAGCCCCAGCACCUCGGACGCCAGCCCGGCCGGCAGCCCCGUGCUGGCAGGCUACAAGCCCGCGCCACCCAAGGACAGGCUGCCCGAGACGCCGCGCCGCCGCAUGAAGAAGAGCCUGUCGGCACCCCUGCACCCCGAAUUCGAGGAGGUCUACAGGUUCGGGGCCGAGAGCCGCAAGCUGCUCCUGCGAGAGCCUGUGGACGCCAUGCCGGACCCCACCCCCUUCUUGCUGGCCCGGGAGUCAGCGGAAGUCCACCUCAUCAAGGAGCGGCCGCUUGUCAUCCCACCCAUCGCCUCCGACCGUGGCGCCAGCGAACAGCCCAGCCCAGCCCGCGAGAAGCCACACAAGGCCCAUGUGGGGGUGGCACACCGCAUCCACCACGCCAGCCCGCCACAGGCCCAGCCCGAGGUGGAGACGCUGGCGGUGGACCAGGUGAAUGGAGGCAAGGUGGUGCGGAAGCACUCAGGGACGGACAGAACUGUGUGAGGCCCGGCCGCCCCGGCCGGCACUGUGAGCGCUACUAGGAAAUCCAUCCACUCCUCGUGUCCCCGUCCCACGCAUGCUGAUCUGUCGUCUCCCCGGCCCCGAGUGCUGCUCAUGACACCCCGCAGAACAACGCACAUCACCCACUGCCGUGGCCAGAUACCUGCGGGCCGAAUCGCUGCUGCUCCCACGCGGUGUAAUGUGCACGCUCACAGCCCAGGCUGCACCGCCACUGGCGUCCAUGACAUCCGAGAGCCACGCACCUGCAUCGAGCAACUCCGCCAGCCUCAGCCCUGGCCCUGGAGACACCCGUGCCCUCCUGACAGCCCUGCCCGCCGUGGGCAGCAGCCAUCCCCCACGUGUCACAGGACCAAGAUGGCAUGACCGCUCCUGUCACUACAGCCCCCGUGUGUGUGUGCAUAUUUUUCUGUUAGUGUUUCCGAAAAUGUUCAAGAUCCCAACAAACUUUAUUUUCUCAACCUCC